UUUGCGUUGAUUCAAAAAAGCCGGAAAGCCGUUAAUUGUAGUAUUGUAAAUUUUGAACUUUCCUUUGUGAUUGUUUACUUGUUCCCUUGGAAAUAAUGGCGGGUGUAUCGGUAAAGAAUAAAUCAGCAAUUACUCUGAAAGGAUCUGCUGAUAUUGUCUGUGAAUAUCUUGAUUUUGGCAUUAAUUCGAUUCUAUUCCAACGUGGUAUCUACCCACCAGAAGACUUUAAACCAGUGGAAAACUAUGGUUUGACAAUACUGAUGUCUCAGGAUUCAAAAAUAAAAGAGUUCUUAAAAGUCACUUUAGAUCAAUUAAAUGGUUGGUUGGUUGAUCGUGCUGUUAAGAAAAUAGCAUUGGUCAUUUCCAAUGUAAGAACUUUGGAUGUGAUGGAGAGAUGGGAUUUUAAUGUAGAAUAUGAGGGAGAUACUACUGAUGGUGCUCAAACAUCUGAGAAACCUUUAAAGCAAAUCAAGAAUGAAAUUCGCGAUGUUUUGAAACAGAUUGCAUCAUCUGUGGCUUAUCUACCAUUGCUGGACUGUUUGUGUAGUUUUGAUAUUCAAAUCUAUACCAAUGAUAAUGUUAAAUUACCAACUGAAUGGGCAGACACAGAACCUGCUCACAUAAAGAAUGCUCAAUGUGUUAAAAUGAGGACUUUUAAUACGCAAAUUCAUAAAUUGGAAACAAUGGUAACUUAUAAGAAUGAGGAAUAGGAUAAUGAUUUUAAUCUAUAUGUAUAUUUUGUGG